CUUAGGCUCAAACAUACUCACUAGAAACAGGUUUGACCUUUUAUGAGACACUGCUAAGGCUGUUUGCCUGAGUGCAGUGCUUUUUUUCUUUGCUCUAAUGGCGUGUCGAGAUAGUGGGGGCAGUAUAAUUUUACUGUGUUUAGGGCUUUUAGGGUUUGUAACGUCACUUUGCCAAUGUACAAGUUUGACAAGGUUAAAGGCACUAGAUGAAUCAAAUGAGAAGUCAACACAAACUCAAAGUGAAGCUGAAAAAAGUCAUCAGCACCAUGGAAGACUACUGAUUGGACUGAAAUCCCAGCUUGAUGCCAAGCUCAGUAAAACAAAUUCCACAAAGGAGGUACUAGAAGAUGAUGCGGAUUACCAAGCUGAUAUGGGAUGGUGGCAGAUAAAGCAAUUAGGUGAAGGAAUGCAGCAGGAACCACUGGGAAUAGAGCGACUUCUUAGAAUGGAACCCAAAGUUGAAUGCACAGGAGACUCGAUGAAACUUCUUGUUCAAGGUGCCACUUCAACCCCUGCAACUCUCCUCUUUGUGGACCGUGGAAGUGACUUAUCUCCCUUGUCGCUGUCAAAGUUGCCAUCAAGCUGUGGUUACACUGUCAGGUCAACGCGAAGAGAUUUGGUCCUAGUUGCUCCUUACAGUGGUUGCUUUGUCUCCAUUGAGGAGGACAGUUACGUUCUCCCACUACGCUGGUGUGGCCUUCAAGUAAGGAUGUCCUGUCCCUUGAUGCGACAAAUGUCAACUAACCCCCCGAUGGUCACCUGUCACAGUGGGGGCAUGGUUGUGACAACACAGGGAACAAACUCUGCUGCUAAAAUCAGAGUAAAUGUGAACGGAGAAUGGGAGCCUCUACUUCAGGCAACAAAAAGAUGCAUGUUUAGUAUUGUCGAACAUCCAGAUGGUGUGGUCAUUUCCAUUCGCUAUGCCCCAUGCAUUGUGAUGAAGGAUGGACUGUACAGACUUGAACUGGCUACAGAUCAGGAAAGCAAAAUCUCGUGUCCAUCACUGUAUAUGGCUCAACUAGGGCCCACAAAAAGCCCAGCCACAGAUGGUCCACAGCAACCUGCUGCUCCUCCUCCUGAUCAAAACAUGCAACGAAUUCCAGGUUUUCCUCAAGACUUGCAAAAUCUGAACAUCCCCAAUCAGAAACCAAAGGAGAUGCCUUAUCCCCAUUUUCCGUAUUAUAAUUUGCAUCCAAGUUUCCUUUACCCUCACCAUACAAGUCCAGAUGCCCCACCUACAGUACAGCCACAAACUCCUUCACUUCCACCAGUUGUUCAAGGUACAAGGAAUCCCCAUCUUCCUCCUUUUUAUCCUCAGUCACAUAUAAAUGUUAUGCCCUCAAGGCGGCCAUCUGUUACCAAACCACCAGGUAAAGAUAAAUUGCAUCCGGGUCAUGUUGCACUCCCACCUGUUUAUCCACAAAAACCUACCAGACCACAUUCAAGCCAGCACAAGUUUCAACCAAAGCCCUCUCACCCAUUUCUUUUCCAUCCUCACCAUCAAUUUCAUAUUCCCCAUUUACAACCAAUGGAUCCUAAAAAAGUGCCCAAGAAGCCAUUGCCAUCACAUACCGGAGCACAUGUGAAACCACAGGCAGAGUACCAGCCUUUUUACUACUACUAUCAACAGAAGCCUGAUGGGAAGCCUUCUGUCUCUCAGCCGUCACAGCCUGGAGCACCUCCAUUUUACCCCUUUCAUUUGUACAAUCAAUCAAAGCCUGACUCAUCUUUUGGCCAAAUGUACCAACCGUUCUACUUUAACAUGUAUGGCAAAGAAGAUCCACCCUCAAAACAAUUUCAGACAUCAAAACCGUUGCAGUCUCAAAUACCUGGUGGGCAAAUGUAUCAAAUGCUCCAUCCCUACAACCAGACAAAACCUUACAGUCAAAUGUACCAUCCGUACAUCCCUUACAACUUGUAUAGUCAACAGAAGCCAGCCUCAAAACCGUCUGGGGGUUCUCAUCCUCAAACUCAUGAUCAAUAUAAUCAGUUCUUCUACCCUUACUAUGUGUAUAACCAACAGAAACAAACUUCCACAGCUGUUCCUCAGUUACCACAUCCUAAGCCUUCUCAGGCUCAACAACCACCAAGGCCUCCACCAAGGCCAGCAGUUCAACCUCCUUCAAAACCCUCGGCUCCUCAAAAGCCACAGCCUGGAGCCCCUGAUGACCUAGAAAGCCAGCAGAUGUGUGUGUACUCUCAACUGGUAGAUCAAAGUCGACAACUAAACAUGCCAGUUAGUGCUCCGGGGUCGGCAACUGAAGUUGGUCAAGUACUUGGACCAUGCCAGCCUUUUAAGAUGCCUUCCUCUGAAACAAGUGGUGGAACCCUUGUGGAGAAGCAAAUACCAGGUGCAAAACCUCUGCAAGGCCCAAUGUUUUAUCCUUACCUCUUCUAUCCCCUACAGUCCCAGUAUGCAACACUUCCUCCAAAUACUAAUGUUCAACAGAUGAUUAUGUCAUUAGGUGACCCAAAACAGCCAGCCUCUCCAGUACAGAGUACUGCUGUUCCUCCACAAGAUCCUCAGCUAAGUGGUCAAUUUUUGCACCCUGCACACUGCUCUCAGUUUUGCCUGUAUGGAUACUCAAACUGCUGCCCACAGAUCGCAUUUCACCAACAUCUACAUAUUGCUCCUGCUAGUCUUGACAAAGAUGCACCUUGGUUCUAUCCAGGUCUACCACUGAUGUCUUUGAUGGCAUAUACUGAGUUUAAUAACGGCUUGGAAGCUGCCCCAGUCUCAGAAAAGGUUUCUGAGGGAACAGCAUCCCAAAAUAUGGCGCACAGCAGUUUUGCUCAAGCAGCUCAGUCCCCUCCAAAAAUGGAUGUAAAACCAUCACAGCUCCAUCCACCAGAUGGCAAUCCUACUGCACUACCUGGAAGUGGUCCCAACAAGGCUAAAAAUGAGUUGCCAUUUGAUCCCCUUCUGGGAGAGUCGCUACAUCCUUUCUGGACAUACUUGUCACAAAAUAUGGGUGGGCUAAACUUGCAAAGCCCUUCCGUCGGUCAUUACAACGAUCCCUCUGGAUUUUGGUCCGUGGACAAACCAGUAAUGCAGUAUCAGCCUCAUCAGUUUGGUCUGCCGAAGCAGAAACAAAGUCAAUAUUCAGUUGGAAGUGAUCCCUCAAGUCCUGCUUUCGUGCCUUAUAUCCAUCCAUCUUUAGCUGCUGCCAAGGAACUUCAGUCAUUGAACAAAAGGACUACUGAGCAAAAACGUUAUUUACACGACUCCCAACGUGAAAUGGAGCAGUUCUUCUCUCCCCACUAUAUGCCCCAGGAUGCACCUGUACCUACUCAAAAUGGUUCUGUACCUCUGAACUAUUCACAGGCAAAGCUGUUUGAAAUAUUUUCUAAAAACUUCACAAAGCAUGAACAGACUCUGAACUCUCAGCCGCAGAGUUUUGUCUUGCUGCAGCAUGGCCCACCAGGUAGGAAGCCUAGCAGUUUAAAUGAUCCAGUAUCUUAUGCAGACCUGAUUUUUGGUGAAAAUCCAGAAAAGCUCAACACUGAAGGAACCAUUGAUGGUACCACUCUGACUCAGGAGCCCUUGCAGGAAAACAUUCAGGAGUUCGAAGGAAUGCCUGAUCCCUUAUUUGAAAAUGUCAACUUGAUGCCAAGGCUUGAUGAACCUGGAUUCCAGUUGCCUUUUUCUGCAGCUGACGAUCCUCUUCAAGUGCAUUCAUCUCCUGAACAGUCCCAAACUUCAGCAUUAUUAAAACCUGAUGAUCUAUGGAAAUCUCAAAGACUUUCAGGUUCUAGCCAGAUGUUUCCUCCACUCUUUCCAGGAAACAUGUUUCAAUUUGGCCUUGCAGCUGAACAACCAGCAGUUGGAAUGAGUAGACCUCCCCAUGCAGAACAUGAGAAAACGAGAUGAGCUGCCUUUAUUUUUGAAUAAAAGUUACAAACUCUGCAA